CAAGCUCCGUCUGACUAGGUGAUUAGCGUUCCUUCGAGACUCAGCAGUAAGCAAGUCUGACGCCUUUUUAUAAAGCUUCAGCAUUCCCCUCUUUCUCGGCUGUUGAUCAGCUCACUCAAUAAUAUAUCAGACUUCAAUCGAUACUACGUCUGCUACACAUCGUUACCCACCUAUCUCAACUCUCAACUCACCAACCCUCAAUCAUCAACAUGUCCGCGAACGACUACUACGGCGGCGGCGGCGGCGGCGGCCACAACCAGAACCAGGGAUACGGAGGCCAGCAAGGAUACAACCAGGGCGGUUACGCACCUCAGCAGCCCACCUAUGCACAGGGCCAGCAACACCACGGUGGCGGCGGCUACCCUCAGCAGUCGCACUCUCCGUACCAGCAGGGCGGUGGCUACAACGCCCCUCCCCAGCAGCAGCAGCAGCAGCACGGAUACGGCGGACCCCAACAACCAACCUACGCUCAGGGCAACCAACACCAGCAAAGCUACGAUAACCGAGACAGCUAUGCUCACAACCAGCAAUUGCAAUAUGGCGCACCUCAGCACGGCGGACAGUCUCAGCACGGCGGACAGUCUCAAUACGGCGGACAGCCUCAAUACGGUGCUGGUCCCGGCGGUCCCGAUCAGGAUAAGGGCCUCGGUGCAACAUUAGUCGGUGGCGGAGCGGCCGGAUGGGCGGCGCACAAGGCCGGUGGCGGUCUCCUCGGAACCCUCGGCGGUGCAAUUGCUGGCGCUGUUGGUGCAAACAUGUUGGAGAAGGCAGGGAAGAAGCAUAAGAAGGAGAAGAAGGACAAGCAUAAGAAGGACCCGUACCGCAAGCGCAGCGGUAGCAGCAGCUCCAGCUCCAGCAGCGACUAA